UUCAAGCGCUGGCCGUAAGAAGGCGCCUCAGUCGCUUCGGCAAGAUGGCCACGCUGGAUCAAUGAAACGCGAGUAAUCGUAGUAAAAACAGAAAUUGACAAGUGCGCGGUCGAAUAUCGAGGGCCGAUUACGGUGUAAAUGGAACAUGGGGAAGGACCAGGAGCUGCUCGAGGCAGCGAGAAGCGGAAACGUCACUGUGGUCGAGAAGAUACUCGGACAAAGAGCGAAGAGGAGUGGUCCACUGGCAAGUUUACGACGAGGUCCAGGUGCUAACGUGCAAGAUGCCAGUGGAUAUACAGCCCUUCAUCAUGCAGCUCUCAAUGGUCAUCGUGAAGUAGUCAAGUUAUUGCUCCAAUAUGAGGCUUCUACCAACGUCGUAGAUGCUAAAGGAUCUUCGCCACUUCAUUUGGCAGCUUGGGCAGGUGAUGCUGAAAUUGUGCGGUUAAUUCUUAGUCAAGGGCCCUCGGUACCUAAAGUCAAUCUAGCGACAAAGGACAACGAGACGGCCUUGCAUUGUGCUGCACAAUAUGGACACACGGAAAUAGUGGCGCAGCUGUUGCAGUACGGAUGCGACCCGAGUAUCCGCAACAGCCGCGGAGAAUCUGCUCUCGACCUCGCCGCGCAAUAUGGCAGAUUGGAAACAGUGGAGCUACUAGUGCGAACCCAUCCAGAGUUGAUUGAAUCUCUACGUAGUUCUUCUUCGUCUUUGAUCUUCCCACAUACUCCAUUGCAUUUAGCAUCACGUAAUGGACAUAGAGCCGUCGUGGAAGUUCUACUCGCUGCGGGAGUGGAUGUCAACACAAGAACGUCCGCUGGUACAGCGAUGCACGAGGCGGCACUUUGCGGUAAGAUGGAGGUUGUCCGAGCACUUUUGGACAGAGGCGUGGAUCUGGGAAUCAGGGAUUCUCGUCAAAACACCGUUUUAGACCUUUUGGGACAAUUUCCGCCACACGUCACCCAAGAUAUUACGGCUGUAAUAAAGAGGCACAGGUCUUCUUCCGGAGUGGAAAGCGAUGCCGACAGUGAGAACUUGCCACCGAUUCCGGUUCAGGGUGGUGACUCGUUGGGUAGCCCUUAUGAGAAUGUACGCCCUGGGGAUGAUCUUUCUCCGGCGGAAGGGACGUCGCCCACUCAAUGGCAGUUCUAUCAUAAGCCUCGGGACGAUGAUCGCCGUGUCUCCGGAACUUCCGUUAUGUCUUUCGAAGACGGGCGGAAUAGGGGACCAGUGAAUGGAGUACGGAGGACUAUCCCGCAGACAGAGGAUUACUCCGACCUCAGCUCAGUCUUCGACAGUGUUCUCAUGUCCAUGUCUGACACUCUCAACUCCAUAAAUACUCUUGAAAGUUCCGACCAAACACCGGAAGACAAAGCACAAAACACUAUCACCUCUAGAACACCGUUACAACCACGUGACACGACAGGGGGUUCUGAUAGCGGAUUGUAUCAAACGCCACCUGUACCAAGAGGAACUAUGGAGGGUAGUUUCGUGUCGGAGGAUCUGUCCUUGACAUUGCCCACGGGAUAUGGUGGUAACAGGGAGUCCGAUCAAUUGAGCGUUUCCUCGUCAUCUAGCGUUGGUGGACCGAGCCCACGGGAACGACGUUGUUUGGCCAACGAUUCCGGUGCCCCUGGGAUUUACUUACCAAUGGCGCCCCUGUCCAGCUCACUUCAUAGCCCUGCCUCUAACAGCAAAGUUUCGCCGACACCGCCGAAGAAACCACCGAGGCGUAACCUAUCGGUUUCGCCGACGCACCUGCAGACUCAAAUGUCACUUUCGGCGGACUGUUCGUUGGGUCCAAGUAACUACGAGUACUUGUUCUUAGCACGUAGCGGUGCGCGUAGUCACAUCGAUCUUGAACAGCUGCAAAAACGUCGUGAGCAGUUACGACACGUGACGAGAAGCGUGGAUCAGUACGUGGAAAUGAAAUCUCGUUUCGUGCCGUCUGUGGAAAGUGGCAAUCGACGAGAGGCAAUGCCAAUAACGACAAUAACAACAACAACAACAACAGCGAACACCAAUGUAGAACCAAUUGCAAUAACAUCUAUUUACGAGAAUCGUCCAAUAAAGAUGUUAAAUCCACGAAGGAAACUUCGUAGACACGCUUACGAAGGCUAUGAGUUUGAUAACAACGGUCCUUGCGUCGAUAAGUCGCCCUGUAGCGAGAACGAUUCUAUACAUCAGGAACAAACCUUCGUCUCUAACGCCUUCCUUACUUUGAAGUCUUCCCAAGAAAGCUUGCUAGACGAAAAACGAGAGAUUCUUGAUGGUGGUCAUACAAUGAUGGUUCAGGAUAACAGAGAGGCAACAGAUAAAAGACUCAGACGUGUGCAAAUGAUGUUUCCUACGAGUCCAACUCAUUACGUUCAACCACCGACUCCCGAUCAUCCACCACCUUCUGCCAUGCAAGCUGAGAAAUCGAUUCACGAACGUAUUCGUCCAUUGAGCCAGGUUUAUAAAAGAAGAUCUCGCGACAUGGAAACGGAAACUGAUGAGGAUUUGCUACAAUUUCCUGCAAGCGGUUCUCUCGAUGCAUCCAGCGGUUCUUUAUCGAGCGUUUCUCUUUCGGACAAGAGCAUGUCUACCGACAACGUUGAGGAAUACUUCGGAGACGUGCCCUUCGCAGGUUUGUUAAAGGGCUCCGUCACAGCGGAGCGGCCGCGUACAUUGCGCCGUUUGCGAAACGUUUACGGACAGUCCGCAUGCGGAAUGGGAACCGGCGGGGAGGGUGGCGGUGGUGGAGAACGUCUUGAAGACGACGAAGUGAAUUUUCGAUUAUCUGAUAGGGAUCGUGAAAGAGAUGAAAAAUCACUUAGCAUAAUGAGUCCGUUUGAUGAGCAAGAAGAAUGGGCAAAAAUUUCUGAGAUUAUGGCAUCCUUUGGCACAGGACUCGUACGAGAAUCGGUUUUCGUCACUGAACUCGAAAAAGAAUUUCAAACAAGAUUAGGCUUAAGUUCCGAUACCAGUAGCAGUCCUAUUGUUUCCACGUCAGUCGGUCAAUGGUUAGCGAGUUUAGGACUCGCUGAUUAUGAAUCCCUUUUCAUAAACUAUGGUUUCGAUGAUCUUGAAUUUAUAAACGGAGUUCUUGAUGAAUCCGAUUUGAGAGACAUGGGAAUCAAUAGUGAUCAAGAACGUGCGAUAAUCAUGGACGCUGCCGGCUUGUUGAAUAAACGCGUGGAGAAGCAUCUUGGUAGUCACUGUCAGAGCGUGGACGAAUGGUUGAAAAGCAUUCACAUGGAGAAUUAUAUGGAGACCUUCAGAAAACAUCUUUACACCGACAUGGAACGCGUGAGUCGCAUCUGGGAAGUUGAGUUGGCUGCAGUAUUAGAGAUUCAAAAGUCUGCACAUCGAAAGCGAAUCCUGGCUUCGGUCAGUGGACCGAAUCCUCGAGCUCAGACGCGGAACGGUACUGGCCCUAACCUCGAGGAUCUCAAUAAGGAUUUGAACACCUUAUUUCGUCGUUGUUGGUCUCUGCAGAAAACGAAUAUACAACAGCUGAAGGAGGAAAUACGAGAGAAAUUGCCGGAAACAACAGGGGAGAGUAACGGGAGUGUCUCGGUAACCGUAACAAAUUCGAUGAACACUGGUACACUGAGGCAUCGUAAAAACAGACCAGCUCCACAACCACCUCAACGACCCAGUUCGCACAAUGGUGCGAUCACUGCUCCUGAACAGCUCGAGAUCAGAGCACCUUCGGAAUUAUUAUUUGGUGUACCAUCUACUUUAAAGACGCAAUGGAGGCAUCAACCCAAGGCUCUAGUCACUGGCUGCGUCAACUAUGUUGCCAACUACCUGGGCUCCACCGUCGUGAAAGAAUUAAGAGGUACAGAGUCGACCAAGAAAUCUAUUCAAAAACUCAAGAAGACUUGUCGUGACACCAGAGUCACGCCUGAUAUAACCCUUGCCAUCUCUUAUCGGGGCGUAAGGUUUUUGAAUACAUUGACCAAUGAGCCAAUCUGCGAACAUGAGAUACGCAACAUUCACUGUGCUUGUCAGGAUGCCGACGAUCUUACACAUUUUGCCUACAUCACCAAGGAUCAUGCGAGUCGCACACAUUUCUGUCACGUAUUCUGCGUGCCAACUAUGGACCAAGCAACUGAAGUCAUCCUAACGCUGGGCCAAGCAUUCGAGGUAGCUUAUCAGAUGGCAUUGAGGGACAAGUUGGGGGGACAUGCCGUGCGUUCUCAAUCGGCCAAUCAGUUAGUUUCGCUUUCGAGCUCGACUAAAUCCAGUGGAAUAAUGGCAAAGACAUCCUCUCCUGAGUCAACUAUUGAACACAUCCGAGAGAGCGAUCAUGAGGUCACUGCAACCAUUCCAAGUAAUCACAAUUCUACGUCAAAUCUCAAAGCGAAGCCACGAUCCAAGUCCAUUCCUAAUCCCAACGGUUAUUCCGUGAGCACCUCGCAAGAAACCAACUCCAGUUCCAGUUCUGGCUCGAAUACAACGGCCAAUUGUACGAACUCCGCUUCGAGUCCCAGCUCAAACUCAGUUGCUAGCUCAAAUUCGAACACCAGUACCAAUCAGACUACCGCGAAGCCUCUGUUAACUCACGGACGUUCUCACUCCGUAAAUGACAUCAAGGUGAACGGCAAUCAACUUAAGUUGGCUCCUCCGGUACCGGUAGACGACAUAGGCGUCGGUGUAAAAGAUUUAAAGCCUGGCUCUCGUGCACCGAUAGCACUAUCCGAGGAACUCUAAACAAUACUUUUCUUCCGAUUCAUCAUCGGAUUUUUAUUCGAUAUACGUAUUUUUAGAUUUGAUAAUCGUUCGUCAUUUCGAUCGGUCUCGGACUUUCAUUAUUUCUGGCCUAUUAUUGAUUCAUCGAUCGUUAAUUCGUUCAAUAAUCAUUCAACGAGCAUACCCUCGCGUUGUUUAGCGAUUCUUUGAUUUAUCGUCUUCCUUAUUGAAAUCAUAGCAAUGUCGAAUAAUUGCGAUCAAAAGUUAACCCAAUGAAAUCAUCAUCGCCUUGUAUUUCGCUCGAACCUAAUCACAGCAAGAACAUAAUCAGAAGGACAUGGAUGUUUCUUCAGAGUUAGGAAUGAACCAUCAAUUGAACUUAGAUACAAAGAUAUCAUUGGUGAUAUUAUCGUUUUAUCAACCUGUUCCAUUUCUAAUUUCUGUAUGAUAACAUAGAUAUGUACAUUCUGGAAGGAUAUCAUCGUGUACUUUUCAACUGUCUUCAAAGUUAUGUACAUACAUGGAGCCUCGAAAAUACGCGAAGGUAAGUAACGAAUAUUAUUUCUUCACUGGCAAGAUACUCUGUGAUUUUUAAUAACGCACACGUCAACUAAUCGAGAUUAAGUUGAAACGAAAAUGUCCAAAAGAUUUCUGACAAAUUUUAAGGAUUUUAUCGAUCAUUAUAAAGUAAUCCGACGAUAACGAUUAUAUAAAUAUACUUUAUUCUUUAAUGAGAUCACCAAAUCAUGUGAUAAUGAUGAUAGAAAAUAGGAAUUUUUUCGUUUCUAUUAUACAUAUAAUCUUUUACGAAAAUAUUUUAUUUGAAAUAAAAGAAUUCACAUCCGCGAACUGCUAUCGAGGAAAUUUUCAAUAUAUAAAACGUGUGCGUUAAUGGUGAUGAUUUAUUGUGUUAACGAUAAUUCGUAUUUAAUUAUUCACGUAUUUUGAGCGUAUGCUACAUACAUUAACACGAGUUAUAACAUAUGUACCUAUAAACAAAAGAAGUAGAUAUACAUCAUAUUAUCCCAUUUUAAGUUCGAGUCGAUGUAUCUAUCACAUUCCCGUUGAAAAAAUGGAAGGAAAAAAAAACGAAAGACUUAGUGUAUCAUGACCCUAGUCACACAACAAAAUCACAUACACAAACAUUGCUUCAUUAACCCUUCCAGUAAUUAUUCGUAAUGAGUGAGAUUCUGAGGCUGAAAGAAUCGAAAUCUUUCCUUUAAUUGGAAAAGAUCGAUGUGAAAGCUGCGUGACGUUCGAUCGACCACAUUUUUCCUAAUGAUUUUUCGAUGAUUUUUCGAUGAUUUUUCGAAUUUCUCCAAUUUCCAGUUCAAAGUGGCCACUGUUUUUUCGACGUUUCAUUAUUCAAGACUGAGAGUCCUUAUCUCGUUUGAUACUUCGCGUUAAGCAUAAUAUUAUUAUAAUGAUUAUAUAUAUAUAUACAUAUAGAUAACAGUAGUUGUAUUUAUUGUGUAUUAACUAAUCCGACUAAACCUCGCGAUUAGAAGACGAUGCUUUAGCAAGAGAGCGCGAAAAAAAAACAUAGAAAUAUAUCAAUAUAUAUAUGGAUAUAGUUAUGUGUGUGUACAUAUAUACAUAUAUAUGUAUAGAUACAUAACUAUAUUUUUAUUGAAUUAUAUAUAUAUAUAAUACUCGUUAGAAUGAUUGACGAACGAGCGCGAAAAAAAGAUGAAAUGAUCGCAAUAAAAAUUCUCUCUCGAAAGCAGCUAUAGAUCAAAAAUUCUUGUAAAAGAAAUACGAUCUUGAAAAUGAGCGAUAAUAGAAACGAUAAAGUCGAUGCAGAGAAAGAACGUAUUAUAUAGUUUGUAGGGCAUCGAUGAUCGUUUUGUUAGGAUAUAUAUAUAUAUUUUUUUUUUCUUUCCGCAAACGAGCCUAAAAAGGAAUUUGAUAGAUAUUCGUGAAACUGUAGUGAUACUCGAGUGUGAUUACGAUUUGUUCUAAAAGAAGAACGAUGAAAAAUAUAAAGAAGGGGUAGGAUCAAGAAACGAUAGAGUUACGAUUAUAGACAAAGGUUCGAAAAGGGAAUACUCUUUACAAACUCUUUACGAAGUUAAUUUUAAUUGAAAUGUAUCACAUUUAAUUUGAAAAUUUCAUGAUAGUGUAAUAUAAUUGCAUUAAUCGAGAAAUAUCAUUCGUUUAAUUAUAUUUCAACAAAUUUCUUAAUUAGAAUAUUAUUUCAAAUAUUAUGAAGAAGAUUUUUGAAUGAAUCUUCUCUUUUACGAUUUGUAAAGGGUUGACACUUAACGCGUUUAGAAUUGUAGAAAAAAGAAAAAAAAGGAAACUAAAUGUCGAACAACGAACCUAUGGUAGCUUUGCACGUUUCUCUCCCAUUCUUUUAUAGAAACCAAAGAAGCACGUAUUCACACAUGCGUUUCUAAUCCGACGAUGGAAAACGAUUUUGUUUGAAAAUAUCCGAAAGAAGAGCCUUUCAAAAAGAAUAAUUUUUUUUCUUUUUCGGUUUUGUUUUUAAAUCGGCUCGAACUUCGGUGAAAAUUCCGCUCAAACGUUUUUCAUCUUCGCAGUAGGUACACAUAUAUAUGCACGCAAACACAAACACGAAUACAUAGACAAAAAUACGCGUAUACACGCAUACACACACAGACACUAAAAUAUAUACACAUGCGUGUAUUAAUAUGAAGAUAUACAAAUAUAUCAUAUCGCAAGCGAAGAGGACGGAGAACGUGUUUUGGUAGGAGUACCGAAUCUACGUUGAAGUCAUUGAUGUUAAUUCCCCAUUCCCUACUACCAUCACCACUAUCAACCCCGUUAAAAAGAAAAAUAGAAAAAAAAAACGGAAAAAAAUAAAAGAAAGAAAAUAAACAAAAAGGAAGAAGGAUAAGGAAAAAUAAAGAGUGAGGGAAAUCUUAAACUGCCAAAAAAGUUACACCAGAAGCAUCUCAUGGCUGUACGCACAUACUUUGUAUUUAUCGUGUUUACAAAUGUAGGUAAUUAAUCCAUAUAGAAAUUAAAACAUAAGAUUUAUUUAUCCCCGUAAAAAGAAAUAAGAAAUGUAAGAAGGGAAGGUGGCAUAAAAAAAAAAGAAGAAAAAGAAUGAGAAGGAAGAGAAGAAAAAUUUGAAAUUGAGAUGAUCGCGCAGUGGCUUCUUUCCUUUUUUGCAAAAUGUAUCAUGUAAUAUACAUUAUUAAAUAUUUUCUCUUGAAGCGUUGAUGUAUUCGCGUAGCAGCUAUUUGUAGAAUUCGUAGUGCUAUUGUAGAAAAAACGAAAAUGACAAUGAUAAUAAUGAUAAUGAUGAUGAUGAUGAUGUUGAUGAUGAUGAUGAUGAUGAUGUUGAUGAUGAAGAUGAUGAUGAUGAUGAUAAUGAUGAUGAUGAUGAUGAUGAUGAUGAUGAUGAUGAUGAUGAUGGUGAUGGUGAUGAUGAUGAUGAUGAUGAUGAUGAUGAUGAUGAUGAUGAUGAUGAUGAUAAUGAUGAAGCAUACAUCCUCGAUGUGUCGAUAAUUAUACAUAAAAGAUUUUACGAAAGAUUCAUAGAUGAAUUAGAGAAAAGAAUAAUAUCGUAGUUUCCUGACCGUUCCUAAAGACUCGUUCGUAUUACAAUGAUCAUCAUUACAUAAAAAUCGGUCAGAUUUUUUUUCUUUUUCUUUAUUACAUAUAUGAUAUUCGCUAAUGCGGGAAGUGCCAACUUUACACCACUGUGUUUCGACCAUGCCAGGAAAAACAUAUUAUAUGAGAGACUACAUUGUUAACAAUUAUUACGGAAUAAUCGGACAUCUUAUUAAAGUUGCUAACAUUGACUGCCAUUAUGUAUUUCAUUUGAUAUUCUUCGAAAGAUAAUCAAAUUUAUAACUUAGUUAAUCGACUGCUUAUGAAAAAAGUGUAAUUUACAUAAUAAUUAAAUGUAUUAAAUCAGUAUUAUUGUGGGAUUCAAUGACCAAACAAGUUUUGCACUUACUUUAUUACAAAUUGUCCAUAAUUUCGUCGUUCAAUUCCGUAAUAUUUGUACGCUCUUCAGGCACAUUUUUUUGUAAUAAUAUUUAUCGUAUAUCACAUAGGUUUGUACGUACCAUUAAUAGUACUAUGAAAUUUUAAUACAAUAUUUUUUAGAUGGACGAUUGUCCGAAUAGGUAUUUCAAAUAUUUAAUGAGGAAAGAGACAAACAAAUGUCGAAACUCUUAUUCGUAAAUCAAACUCUAGUUAUGAAUCAUCUUGAUCUUAUUACGGCGAUCACAGUGGAUUUUUGGGACACAUAAUGAAUUAUCAGUCGCACAAAGUGAAAUUUUUCUCGGACCAAACGAAAGCCCAAAGGGGUGACUCGUUCGUCACGGAUUUACCUCGAAACAAUUUUAUAAAGCGGUGUUAUGUGGCCGCUGUGAUUUUUCAUAAAGACAUUUAACAUUUGACUUUCUCUCUCUCUAUAUAUACAUAUAUAUAUAUAUAUAUAUAUAUAUAUAUAUAAAUAUAUAUAUAUAUAUAUACACAUAUAUACAUAUACCUAUAUACCUAUAUUUCUCUUUAUCUCUUUAUCUUUAGAUGACUGAUCGCUAUCAACAAAAUAAGAUUGCUAAGGUUCUUCUAAAAUGUAUCGUAUCUUUGCAUAAUAAUGAAUUUUAAGCAAUUUUCCAUGCUGUGCCAUCGUGACUCAAUUUCCCGUAACGAUGAUGAUGUGAAUAAUAAUAAUAAUAAUAUAUAAAGAAAUGAUAUAAAUAUAUAAUAAGAACGUGAAUGAGCGUGUGUAAGUGCGCACGCGAUAGAGAUCGUGUAAUUGUCUUAUAACAAAAUUUAUUUCUCCUUAAAGAUGUGAACUUUAAUAUAAUCGCAUUUUUAUUGUAAGCUUAUAAUGAUAUUGAUUAUCCCUAUGUGCUGAUAAUAUGACCGUUUGUAAAUCUGUCAUGCUUCUAGUAAGACGAUCAUUUCAUUUUCUUGAAUAUGUAAUUUAACUUAGCAGAAACGAAAUAGAUUUUGCUCGUUACGAAGAACUUGUCGACAUAAUUUAUCGUCUACUACGUAAAGUGUCAUUAAACAUAACGUUUACAUAAAAUAUCAUCAAUUUAUAAGAGAGUUCCGUCUCUCCCAUCUCUCUUGUCCUCUUCCAACUUAAUGACUAAGUCUCGUGAUUCAAGUUGAAUGACAUCCGAGGAAAAGUUAUGAAUUACAUCUCGUUAGGAAAUAAAUUAAUAGCACGCCGGUCUGUUUGGAAAAUGUAUUACAAAAAGUACGUGAAUCUUCGCAAAAUUCAAGCAAACUAUAUUUCCAUUUUAAUUAAGACCGCUCUAACAUUACCCUUUCAUUACUAUACAAAAUCUUAUCAACUAUUCGAGAUAAAUGUUGAAAUAGUAAAUGAUAGGCGUAGUUUUGGUUUAUAAAGUUAAAAACAUUUUAUCUCAGUAAAUCGCAUUAAAUUAUAUUUUCCAUCUAUUUUUAUUAUCCUUUAAAAAAUAAAAAUAAUUUUUAUAUUCUUUUACGCUUAGUUUUCUCCUUUUAAUAAAAAUUUUAAGUAGUCAAACUGCUCUUCUAAUAUCUUUAAUAAAAAUUGCUUGAAAGUAAAGUUUGGAAAAUAUUCAUUUUCGAAGAGUUCGAUAUAUUAUUUUCCAAUAAAAUUUUGGCGAUAUGUUAAAAUUGAGAAGCAGGCAGAUUCUUUCGCGUCGACUCGCACAUAUCGAUCCUCAAACUUGCGGGAACCGAUUCCGAUGGCAAAGCACAAGUGCAAUAUCUUGUGAACGCAUUACUAGUACGAUUCAAUGCUCUUUCAAAGGGCUUUCUAACAAACACCUCGAGGCAAUGUUUAAAAUGAACUUUAAAUGUUACGAUAAACGAAAUGGUACGUAUUACGUUUGAUUGCUUGUAUAUUGCUUCGAGAUGUUACGUUAAUCAUUUGGGAUGA